AUGGAUGCGCCAGAGCCCGAUCAAACCCCCUUCGCGGCCGUCACGGCCCAUACGACAAAGUUGCAGCGAAAAUACCAAGCCCUCCUCGACCAGUCCACUCCGUUUGUGCUGUAUCGCUGGGUUGGGACCGGAGCUUUCCUGCUGCUCUUCUUUGUGCGAGUAUUCCUUAUUCAAGGAUGGUAUAUCGUUGCGUAUGCGCUGGGCAUCUAUCUGCUCAACUUGUUCCUGGCCUUCCUCCAGCCCAAGUUCGACCCCUCAAGCGAUGCCCUUGACCAAGAGAUGGAGGAUGGUUCCGUCGGCUCGCUGCCGACCAAGCAGGACGAGGAGUUCAAGCCCUUCAUUCGCCGGCUGCCCGAAUUCAAGUUUUGGUACUGGGCCACGAGGGCCGUGACUAUAUCUUUCGCGUGCACAUUUUUCGAGUUUUUCAACAUUCCCGUCUUCUGGCCCGUGCUGGUCAUGUACUGGAUCAUCCUCUUCGUUUUGACGAUGCGAAAGCAGAUACAACAUAUGAUCAAGUACCGCUACGUCCCCUUCACCAUGGGCAAGAAGACGUAUGCCAAAGAUAGCUCCUAA